AUGUCGUCCUCGCAGGAUAUCUCCCAGAGUCCAGUCGCCAUGAGAGCUCCAGCGCUGUCGCCUCCUCAGAUUUCUGAGGAUCCUUUGGGGCUUUGCAGGACGUGCCUGGAGGCUCAUGGGGCUGCGUUACGCGACGAUGGUCCGGAUUGGCAAGAGGUUGAUGAUGGAGACACGCCCCAUAUAGAGACCACGCGGGGUCCACUACUUAAGCACAAAUUGCCUGCGGACACAUGGCCUGACUUACCCGGUCUCCUCGAUUCUGCCCAGGCGGGCUGCGGGUUUUGCGAUUUUUUACGAGAGGCCAUCCUGUCUCAGGACUUCAGAGACGUUUGGCACGACUUGACUGGAGAAAGAAUCACAGAGGCUGGACGGGAAUCGCUCGGUCUCGAGCUCCAAUACGCGAGUCCAUUGGAUCUUGGCUACUGCAAUCCUUCCGCCGGUCUAAAGUAUUUGACUGUCAGCGUUGCGAUCGGAAAUAGCGAUUUUAAGAUCUACCUCGUCUUUCGGAUAGAGGCUAUUACUGACUGUUCAGCGGUGACGAAAUGGCUUGUCCUUCAGCCUAGACCUGUACGAAAUCACGAAGACGACGCGAUCAUCUCCUUCCUGAAAACGGAAUUGCACAAGCUCCCUGACGACGGCAAUGGAGAUUUUCUUCCCGAAAGGCUCAUCGAUGUGGGGACCAGCAGCUUGCGCCUUGUUGAAGGAAGCAACAUUAACGCCAGCUCGGCAAAACAACAACAAUAUUCCGCUUUAAGCUAUUGCUGGGGUCGCCGCGAACACGCAGAAUUGCAGUCGAAAACCACGAACUUCUAUCGAGAUUUCGUCUACAGCCAAUGGGCCCGCAGGGGCUGGACGUUCCAAGAAAACGCUAUGGCCGGCGCACGUAUCGUGUUUGGAAAUACUGAGGUAUACUUUGCUCGAGAUCGUUCUUUCGCAACGAAGAAUGGUUAUAUAGGCUCUGAGCCAGUUCCAUCCUUGCAAAGCGAUGACGAGUUGCAUGAAGCGUGGGAAAAGGUCAUAAGUCGCUACUCAAUGUUCACCAAAUCAGCCUUCACUGACCCGAAGGAUGUUCUUCCGGCCUUGUCCGGCUUGGCAAGGCUUUUCGGGGACGUGUUAAAGGUGGACUACAUCGCUGGGCACUGGGUGGACAGGCUUCACCAUAGCUUGAUGUGGGAGGACCAGUUUCUGUCCUCGAUACACGAUGCAUCUCUAAACGCACUCUUGAAGCGUCAUGGCCAAAAGCCGUACCUGAUCCCCUCGUGGAGUAGUCUCGCACGCGGCAUUGUGGGACUUGAAUUCUGUAUACCCUACGAAGACUGUAGGUCAGAAAUCACUAUCCUCGGCGUUGACCAGGAACUGGUCGGCGAGAAUCCCUAUGGUGAGAUUGACAAUGCUUACUUGACCUUGGAAGGGUAUGUUCUGAAUCUGGCCUCUCUAUCUUGGUCUGAAUCGUCAGUGAGUUUGGCGGGAUCUGUGAGCGGUCGGAUCGUUGAAGCAGAUUGGACCAUAGAAGAUGAGUAUUGGAUCGAUGAGGACAAAGUUUUGUUCGAGAAGGAUGCCUUCGACCCUGAAGGAUCACGAGACCUCUAUUUUACGCUUUACGAUGGCGCUUGCCCUAAUGCAUUCAGUGCAUAUCGGGAGUAUGUAAUGAGGCUGGAUUUUCUGGUCGAAUCGGGAGACCGCUCCCUGCUUGGAGUCAUUAGAGCAGGCCUUGAUCAGUUGAUCUCGCGGGCAACGCUACUGCUUCUGGGAUCUGAGGAUAUAUAUUCUGAAGAUGAAAGUUCAGGGGUGUUGAAAGCGGGAUACGGUCUGGUCUUGGUCCCCUUGGAAGGGGCAUCGGAGCGCUCCUUCCUCCGCGUAGGCAUCUUUCUGCCUUGGCGGAAUGUCGUCGGACACUCAGACGAUUUGCCGUGCCUGAAACGGCUGAUGAAGAAGGAGAAAAUCAAGAUAUACUGA